AUGCCUGAUAAGCUAGAAAGACGAGAGGCUCGUGUCAGAGGCUCAGGUACUCGUGCAGUGAAAGUGGAGGAUCUCCACAUCGCGUCUCCUGAGUCAAGCAGACACCAGAAGGUGUUGGCAAAUCUUGACUCGGCAUUCAUCAAGCAAGAGGAUAAGAAUCUUCCGCGAUUGCGACGUGUCUCACAAAGCAGAAGCUCCGAAAAGAUUAUUGCACGUCAUGAAUUGCAGAAAUCACGGCUGGAUCGACGUAAACAAACCUUCAGUUCCGAAGACGAAGACGAAGACGGUGGAGUAUCCACCAUCAGCGCCCAAGUCGACUACCACGAAGAUUCAGCAACACCUAGCUACCCUGAUUACGUAGAUUACGAUAAUGACAACAACAAUUUUGAAGAAGUUGUCGCCAAUGAACCAAAGCUGACCACCGAAGUUGAAAUCAAGAAGGAAGAGUCUCAAGAGCCUCCAGCCAAGCGGCGAAGAGGAAGACCGAAGAAAAAUGAACAAGAAAAGAAGGAGAAGGUAAUCACUCGCCGGUCAAGGCGUAUAGUCGAGAACCCGACGCUACGGAAACACCAUUCACUGGAACAUCCAUCACUGAUGCUUGUGCCCAAACCACUCCGAGUUACGGGUCUAAUACCUGGGAAUGGGGGUGCCUAUGCCGCUUCGAGUGCUCCCAAUACGCUUCUGUUUACGCAGAAGCCCAAUGGAAAACAGAAACCCUUGACAAUUGAUGCCGAAAGACUUCACACAUCUAGUUCUCGAGACAAACGGUUCAAUCUCACCACACUCGAUGUUCUUCGGCAGUUUGUCGAGGAACACUCUCCAAGAGCCACCAAAAACGAUUUAAUCAAUGAGCAGAUUGUUCUUGAUGAGUUUAAGGCCCAUUUGCUCUACCAUGUUCGACAUUUGAUGGAUCUCCAUGCCAGCAUACGAGACAUCUCGUAUGAUAUCACCGACGUGCAACGACGCAAAAAUGAAACAAGAAAGAGCAUUUUGGAGUUGAAGAGAAAGCAUGUAGACGUUGGCACUGAACUCGCCAAAGUCCGCAAAGACUACAUGGAUGAUAAACAAGAGUACUCACAAUUUCAGAACAUGGUGGAUGCAUUCAAUCAAUUGAAGGGUGCUGUUUCGCAACAGCAGACAACCAGCCUUAGCGAUAAAGUCCAAAUGGAACUCGACAAUUUAGGACGUAUCUAUGAUCCCCGGCAAGGACUUGCCGUGCAACUACAGGCCAUCAAUGCCGAAUUAUCGUCGAUGAUUGAUGACUAA